AUGUGGACGGUCAAGUCAAAGUGCUCUGGGUGCGGAAAAUCUUGCUCAGCUCCCACUUAUGGUUGCAACAAAUGUCAAUAUUUUCUCCACCAAUCUUGUGUUGAUGUGCCAUUGGAAAUCCAACACUUUUUUCACCCAUGCCCUCUCUCCUUGCGCAUUCAGCCGAAAUCUUUUAACUGUGGAGCUUGUGACAGAACUAUUCAGGGCUUCUACUUCUACUGUGAAUGGUGCAAUUUUAGCAUGGAUAUUGAAUGUGCUCUGCUGCCCACCAGAGAAUGUCAAAGUGAUGAAGAACAGUUUUGCCAUUUAUGUCAUGGGCAUCCGUUGACACUCACGGAGAUAAGCGAAGAUGAUCAAUCUUAUUGCUCUGCUUGCAGGAGUUGCUGUUCAGGUCCGACAUUUGUCUGCAGAAUGAAGUGGCAGCUAGGGGACACAGGUCUACUUUAA